AUGGAGAAUGGGAUUAAUAGCAUGGUAAACAAAAAGAGUUAUGAUCCAAAACAGAAAUACUCAACUUCGUCGGUGAAAUCAAAAACUCAAGAGUCACUGCACAUUCCAACCACGAAUUCGACAUCAAAACGUGACUCAGUGCAGACAACAGCAACAGCAAAAACUUACCCGUCAGUUGACUUUUGGGGCGACGUAGCAGCCGAAGAUUCAGACUCUUCACUGCCGGAAUUAAAGAAAAAAUUCUCGAGACAUAUUCGAUUCUCAGAAGAAGUCAGAAGUCCAGAACAAUUAAGAAAAUUGGCAAGACUUUCAAAUUCUGCUUCAUUAAGGUCAUCAAUAUCACCGAUAGCAACACGUCAGAAAUAUCAAUCACCGCCACAAUCGAUAAGAGGUAGUAGUGACAUAAAACGUGAUGGUAGUGAUGACGCCAAUAGUUUUGAUGAAAAGAAAAAUGUAGAAGUAGAAUUAGAACAAACCUCAAAUGAUGGCAGUUCAGAUCUCGAGAAGCAACGAAGACAAUAUUCAAGCGUUGCAUCUGAUAAUGGAAAUAUAAUUAAUACUGAACUUGGUCAAAAUGCCUCGAAAAGAUUAUCAGCCGCAAUAAGUAUAUCAAGCUCGAAAAAAGGCAAAGGCGAAAAAAAGAACUCUUCAAUAGCAAUAGUGAGAGCUGUUGUUCCUACUACAGACAAUUCAUCGUUACCGUGUUUAACUUUUCGAUUUUGGCUCUUGGGAACAAUUUUUACGGUGCUCGGGGCUGCGGUAUCACAGUAUUCAUGGUUUAGAUCUAAUGCGUUACCUUACUCAAUCCCUUUUGUGCAGUUGGCCACUUAUCCACUGGGUAAUUUUUUGGCUGCCGUAUUGCCUAAACAUUAUUUUAAUUUUUUGGGUUGGAAAUGGACUUUGAAUCCCGGUCCAUUUAACAUUAAGGAACAUGUGUUGAUUAGCGUAGCUGUUAGUACUGGUGGUAUUGUUGCAUAUGCAACAUAUGUUCUUUCAAUACAAGCUUUGUUUUAUAACCAAGAUAUCGGUUUAGUUGGUAGUCUUAUAUUUCUUUGGUCAACACAAUUAAUUGGUUAUGGUAUCGCUGGUGCACUACGAAAAUUUUUAGUUUAUCCCGCGUCUAUGAUUUGGCCCCUAAACUUAGUACAAGUCGCCCUUUAUAACACAUUACACGAGAAUACUGGAUUAGCUUCGGGAUCAAGAUUAAGAUUUUUCGUGAUCAUAUUUGGACUAACAUUCAUUUGGGAACUACUGCCAAUUUUGUUCUUCCCAACGCUGUCUAGUGUCGCUAUUCUAUGUCUGAUCAACAACAAAAACAGGAUUUUGACCUCAUUAGGAUCAUCUCUUGGUGGUGGUUUCGGUUUCUUGAAUUUUUCGCUGGAUUGGAGUGUGAUUGGACAAUUUGGUCCAUUGUAUGUGCCGUGGUGGACAACAGCAAACUAUUAUUUUGGAAUUAUCUCAAUGGCAUGGUUUAUCGGUCCGAUACUUUACUACGGGAACGUGUGGAACGCGCAAACGUAUCAUCAACCUAUCACCCCGGGCAUUUUUCGCGAAGAUGGCUCACCAUACAAUCCACAAGCCAUUAUUACCGGAGGAAGAUUCGACGAGGAGAAAUAUAAGAGUUACGGACAAAUGUAUUUAUCGCCAUACUUUGCAUUCUGUUACGCGAUCUCAUUUGCUUCAUUAACUGCACUGAUCACCCAUGUCUAUAUUUAUUACGGAAAAGAAAUCUGGAAUCGACUCAAGAAUUCACGGGUGGAAGAAGAUGAUAUACAUCAUAAGAUGAUGAAUGUGUAUCCGGAGGUACCUGGAUGGUGUUUCGCUGUCCUAACGAUCUCGAUGACUGUUGUCGCGGUGAUAUUUGUCCAAGUGUAUCCAACUCUUCUGCCUUGGUGGGGUGUGUUGCUCGCGAUUUGCAUAGCCGUAGUCAUGGUGCUCCCAAUUGGGAUUAUACAGGCCAUAUCAAAUAUUCAAAUUGGGUUGAAUGUUGUGACGGAAUUGGUUUGUGGAUAUAUUUUACCGGGUCGGCCGAUUGCCAAUGUCGUAUUUAAAACUUAUGGAUAUAUGACGGUGACACAAUGUCUCGUGAUGGUCCGCGAUUUGAAACUUGGUCAUUAUAUGAAAAUCCCGCCACGUGCCAUGUUUAUUGCACAACUAUAUGGAACUGCAAUUGGUGUCAUAGUGAAUUACUUUGUUCUACACGCGAUUAUUAAUUUGAAACGUCCUUAUCUGGAUGGAACUCAACCCGAUCCAACCGGCCAGUGGUCUGGUCGCAGUCCUCAAAUAUUCUAUUCUGCCUCAAUCAUCUGGGGCUUAAUCGGUCCGAGCAGAUUUUUCGGUCCCGGUUCAUUGUACUACGGCUGUUUACUUGGUUUCGUGGUUGGCUUCGUACUUCCCAUCCCAUUCUACUUGCUCCACAGAAAGUAUCCAAACACCGGCUUCAAUCUCAUCAACCUCCCGAUCAUCGCAAGCGGCGCCUCCUUUAUCCCACAAGUUCCCACAAAUGUGAUAAUGUCCGGAUUAAUUGCUAGCACGCUAUCACAAUUUUAUGCCGCGCGUUAUCACACUAAUUGGUUCCGGAAAUAUAAUUAUGUGUUGGCGGCCUCAUUGGAUUCCGCGACAACUAUUUGUGCGAUGUUUGUGUUUGCGGCUGUUACUGGGUUCCCGCGCAAACAGUUUCUUGUUUGGUGGGGAAAUUCCGAUGUUGAUGUAGAACAUUGUACACCAGGGUCAUAG